AUGAGUGACAACACAAAAUAUCUUGGCGGGCUAAGAAUGGCUAUAAAAUUCGGUCAUUCGAGGGAAGAAAGGAAAUUCUUGGAAGAUAAAAACAGAUGGCAAGAUUGGUUUAAAUGGAUGAUACUUCCAGACCAACAUUUGCUACAGUAUGAAAGAAGAACGGCAUGGAUAAAGAUUCUUGGAUUACCGCUUAGGCUCUGGGAGGAAGAAAAUUUCACCAUGAUUGCGGGAAGCUUAGGAAAGGUAAUAGCGCCCUUUAACGAAAUAUCAAAAAGACGUGAUUACUCAAUGGGUAAAGUUGGGAUAUUAACAUCUCGAACUAAAUGGAUCAACGAGGAAGUAACGAUAAUAGCAGAUGGAAAAAUAAUCAUUGUGGGUGUAAUGGAAUAUACAGAUGACUGGUCACCUUUUCGUCCACUGCCAUUCGAUAAGGUGGAAGAGGAGUCUGACAAAGAUGAGAUAGAUGUCGAUGAAGAUGAUGACGAGGUAGAAGGAGUCUCAGAUACUUGGAUGGGGGAAUACAAUAAUAGCAAAAAAGAAGAUGGUGAAUUUUGGCCGGAAGAUAAUUACGUGGAUCCUCCGGUGAUGAAUGAUACAGUAGCCGAAGAGUCGCCGAUGGUUGAAACUGAACGUGAUCGGAGUCGGACUCCAAAUAGCACUCCGUUGAAGGGGCAUGAAUUGGAGACCGGAAAUAAAUCAAACAACGUUGAGCUAUGGAUCAGGAAGAGAAAACGAAUCAAAUGUGCUACCAAAUCUCCCCACUCCACAACCCCUAGCACCCCAAUAAUCAAUUGUUGUCUGUCUCAAUUGGAACAUAUGGCGCACACGAAUUCGGGUUAUGCAUCCACUAAACCAGUUGAAAUGUCGGUAUCGGACACGUUGGAACCAGAUGAAGCUAAGCGAACAGUAGAAAUUGGGGCUGAGCUGGGAUUCCAGAUUGAAGUAGAUAGUCGUAUCUUAGAGCAAGUCAUCGGUGAAACUGGCGUUCAACAAAAUAUCCCAUGA